AGCCGAUCUGGCUCAAGAUAUUUCGGCUCCAGGCCGACAGUGAAGCUGCGCCCCUCAUCCAGAGCCCCUGCCGCCAUGGCGGCCCCGCAGCAGAUGUACGUGGUGAAGCGCGACGGGCAGCGCCAGGAGGUCAAGUUCGACAGCGUCACCAAGCGCAUCCGGGCGCUGUGCAGCGGCCUCGACCCCAAGUACGUGGACCCGGUGCCCAUCACGCAGAAGGUCAUCGAGGGCUUCUACGCGGGGAUCUCCACCUCGGAGGUCGACGUGCUCGCGGCCGAGACCUGCGCGUACAUGUCCCAGAGGCACCCCGACUUCUCGACCCUCGCCGCCCGCAUUGCCGUCUCGAACCUGCACAAGAACACCUCGGACUCCUUCUCCGAGACGUGCCGAAGGCUCUACGAGUAUCGUGACGCUCAGGGGCGGUCGGCCACCCUCAUCGCGGACGACGUCCACGCUUUCGUCCAGGAAAACUCCGAGCGCCUGGAUGCCGCCAUCAGCUACCAGAGGGACAGCGACUACGACUUCUUCGGCUUCAAGACGCUGGAGAAGUCUUACCUCCUGCGCGUGAGCGGGAAGAUCGUCGAGCGGCCUCAGCACAUGCUCAUGCGGGUGGCCUGCGGCAUUCACUGCGGCAAUGUCGAGGCAGCGAUAGAGACGUACGACUUGAUGUCGCUGCGCAAGAUGACGCACGCGACGCCGACGCUCUUCAAUGCAGGGACGCCUACCCCACAGAUGUCGUCCUGCUUCUUGCUCACCAUGAAGGACGACAGCAUCGAGGGAAUCUACGACACCCUGAAGCAGUGUGCGGCGAUCUCCAAAUGCGCAGGCGGCAUCGGAGUUGCGGUGUCGAACGUCCGUGCGAAAGGCAGCUACAUUCGUGGCACCAAUGGCCAGAGUAAUGGGCUUGUGCCGAUGCUGCGCAACUUUAACGAGACUGCGCGCUAUGUUGACCAGGGCGGCGGCAAGCGAAAGGGCUCGUUCGCAAUGUACCUGGAGCCGUGGCACGCGGACAUCUUCGACUUCCUGGAGUUGCGUAAGAACCACGGAAAGGAGGAACAGCGUGCCCGCGACUUGUUCUACGGCCUAUGGAUCCCGGACCUCUUCAUGCGCCGCGUGAAGGAGGACGGCAACUGGACGCUGUUCUGCCCCAACGAGGCGUACGACAAGGAGACGUCCAAGGGGCUCAUGGACGUCUACGGCGAGGAGUUCGAGAAUAUGUACUCGCAGCUCGAGAAAGACGGCAAGGGCCGCAAGACUGUGAAAGCCCAGAGCCUCUGGUCUCGCAUCGUCGAGGCGCAGAUGGAGACUGGCACGCCGUACAUGCUCUAUAAAGACCACGCGAACAGGAAGUCCAACCAGCAGAACCUCGGCACCAUCCACUGCUCGAACCUCUGCACCGAGAUCAUCGAGUACACGUCCCCCGGCGAGGUGGCAGUGUGCAACCUGGCGUCGAUUGCACUGCCCGCCUUUGUCAGGAGCGAGCGCGUGGAGGAUUACGACUUCCAGGAGCUGUACCGGGUGACAAAGGUGGUGACUGGUAACCUGAACAAGGUCAUCGACCGAAAUUUCUACCCGGUCAAGGAGGCCAGGACCUCCAACAUGAAGCACCGCCCCAUCGGCCUCGGGGUGCAGGGUCUCGCCGACGCCUUCAUGAUGAUGCGUUUGCCGUUCGAAGGCGAGGUUGCGAAGAGGCUCAACGAGGACGUCUUCGAGACGAUCUAUUUCGCGGCAUGCGAGGCCUCCUGCGAGCUGGCGGAGAAGGACGGGCCGUACGAGACUUUCACGGGCUCACCCGCCAGCCGUGGUCAGCUGCAGUUCGACCUGUGGAAGCAGACGCCCAAGAGCGGACGCUGGGACUGGGCAGGCCUGAAGGAGAAAAUUGCUAAGCACGGCCUGAGGAACUCUCUGUUGGUCGCCCCGAUGCCCACUGCGAGCACGGCGCAGAUCUUGGGGAACAACGAGUCGUUCGAGCCCUACACACAGAACCUGUACGUGCGUCGCGUGCUGUCUGGCGAAUUCGUGACCGUGAACAGGCACCUCCUCCGCGACCUGAUCCGGCGCGGUCUGUGGACGGAGGACAUGCGCAUGCAGCUGAUCGCGCACAACGGCAGCGUGCAGGGCCUUGACUUGCCGGCUGACCUCAAAGAGCUCUACAAGACAGUUUGGGAGAUCAAGCAGAGGGUGGUGCUCGACAUGGCUGCCGACCGUGGAAAGUACAUCGACCAGUCGCAGUCGUUGAACAUCCACAUGGUUGACGCGUCGGCCUCUAAGCUCUCUUCCAUGCACUUCCACGGCUGGCAGCUGGGGCUCAAGACCGGAAUGUACUACUUGCGCACCAAGGCCGCCACAGAGGCCAUCAAGUUCACCGUGGAUGUGGACAAGGUGAAGCGCGCGAGCGCCAGUCAGGCGCUGGUGAAGGGCGAGGGCGGCUAUCCGGCAGGAGCCUCCGCCGCGGGCGCGGCCUCCAGGGAGGAGCAGUCGGUGGAGAAGAAGGCCAUCGAUGCGCUCAAGGCGGGCGCGCCGAAGUACGAGUGCGUCGGCUGCAGCGCCUGAGGGGGCGCACCGGGGCGGUGCCGUCAGCAGCUCAUCCAGGGGGCAGCGGGGGGCGUGGCACCCACGCCCGCGCUGCGUUUACAUUUUUCCGAGGGCCUGCCUGCCCAGCAGGCGCAGCGGGGAGGAGGGGGCGCUGGGUCGGAGGAGGCACGCUGGCGCCACCGUGCCUGGCAACGGCAGCUCUGAGCUCCAGGAUGGCGCAGAGACCCGCCGGGCCGCAGCCAGGAGGGCCUGCACGCCAGACUUGGGCCCAGGAUCGUCCUUGGAGGAGGAGGCGAACGCUUGUGUCUAUGCAGCUCUCGCUUCUUCUGGCUGGGUACAGGCAGGCGUGCCGGCUGGCACGCGGCUCGCGCAAUGUGGGGAGCCAGCCGGCCUCCUCUUCGGGGGCGCGCGCCCGCGUGCUGGGCGCGCGCGGAGGAGGCUGGCUGGCGCGUCCGCGCUGGGGCGGCGCACUCCUCGGGGCUCCGGCGUCUGCGCGUGGCGCGCGUCGUCGGCAGCCUCCGCGAGAGGGUGCUCCUUCUUCCUCCUCUUCCUCCUUCUCUUCUACCUCCUUCUCUUCCUCCUCCUCCUCCUCCUCCUCCUC